CGAGGAUGCUGGUCUUUACUCCUGCAGACAGUUUGUAUCAGGACAACAACAAGGACCAGACUCUCAUGUUGAUCUGUCUGUUAUUACCAUGACUGAACAGAAGAACAAAGAUAAAGUCACUUUGUUCUGCUCUGUGUUGGGCGAUGGAAACUGUAGACACACAGUGGAGUGGCUGUAUGAGGGUAAAGAGAAAAUUUACCCUCAUACAUCUUCCUGCUCUGCCAAUGUGACAUUUACACCAUCACACCUGAAUAAGAAGUCAAAGUUUAAGAAGUUUUUAAAGUGUAAAGUGACAGAUGUUUACACUAAGAAAAUGCAGCUGUUUCCCUUCAUCCCUCAGUCCUCAGGUGAGAAAACAGACGGAGAAAAAACAUCAUCAAGGACAUUAACUACCACAACAACGUCAGAGACACUGAAAUCAUUGACUGCAUGUAAAACAACAUCAGCAAAACAAACUAAAGAGACAUCAGUGGACAGACAAACACCUACAAACAACAACAAUCCAUCACAACAAGCAGGUUCAUCAUGGCGGUAUAUUAUCGUAUCUGUGGUUUUAGCAGCUCUGUUAACAUCUGUUGUUGUAGUCAACAUCUGGACAAAAACUAAAGGAAACAAAACAAAGACUGAAGUAAACACGGUGGGCAGUGAUGAUGAUGAAGAUACAGUGAGGUAUGAAAACAUUGGGGAACCUUCUGUUUCUCUCAGACUCCACUGACAACAGAAAUGAGUCCACAGCUGUUAAAGUUCAUCUCAACACCUUUUGCACCUGAAGACAACAACAGAAUCACAUCGUGUUCGUGUGACCUGAGAUUUAUAUUUAAAUCCAAAUCUCUGGAUAGAAGUUCAGGUUUUAAUAUCUUCUCAUAUCAAGAGACAAAUUGUUUUUAUUUUUUUCUUUGUUUUGUAUUUUCUGCACCAUCUCUAAAAUGUUUUCCUGUUUUUUAAUAUUAAUUUAAAUUAGAAUUCAGGAGCUGAGUGUUUUCAUGGUUUGUGGGAUUUGUUGUGAUCUUUGUGUUUUAGUUUCUUAAACUAAUGUUCUGUUAAUUUCUCCCUGUUUUUCCAGGUUAGCUUUAGCUGUUAACUUCCUCCUCUCUGUGCUCAGUUUGU